ACUCCCAAAACUGCUUGGGUUCAAAUUGUUAAGCGUCCCGCCCCUAAGAAACUAACUGAGCGUAAGCUUAAGGCCACUGUAAGGGCUUUCAGCCAAUAUGAUCCUACUGCCCCACAAGGCUACUCCUACGUGUACAUACCUCGAGCUCGUAAAAUCAACCGUAGUGAAAUUCGCCACCGCCUCAGUACCAUUGGCAUUGACACUGGUCGUAUCGUAGAUAUUACUCUACCUGCCCACCGUGUGAUUGGCCUCUUGGUACACAACGACUUUACUACCGAUCUCUCAAACCACCUCAAGGCCUGUAAAGUUGUUCCUUUGGAACACUUUGACCCUUUGGAUGAAAAGCAUAUUGCUAAUCCUGCUAUGACCAAUGCUUCUGCCACUGACCGCACUCGUUUCGCUAAAGCCCUACAACAAGACCGUUGUAUCCGUGCCCUACGAUAUGUACGGGCUUACCUGGUACCCAGUGUUGCCCGUUUUUUUGUUGACCAAGGUUGGAUCGCUGAUUCCAUUGCCAAGGAGAUUGUUGCGGAGAGAAACCCCCGACCAUUG